CUCUCCCCCGCGACCUGCCAAAAUAAAGGCUUCUGCUCUCUAGCGCCUCUCCCACCUCCACGGCUCCACCUCCCUCCCUCUCUCUCCCUGUCUCUCUCUUCCUCCACAACGCGGCCGCCAUUGACGCGGUGUCGCACGAACUCCCCUAGAUCUGAGCAAAGCACCCUGCGAAUCCUCACCCGACAUACCAAAUCUGGUCGGAAGCGGUGAAGAAUUCGGACACGAUCCUAAGCAUCGUUCACUAAGACCACACACAUCUAUCUGCUUUUUCCCCUGCCUGUUUUUGUGAGUUUUUUUCUCGUUUCGAACGACUCGUAAGAACAAAUCUGCAAGGGGCUUGCAGAUCCUGCAGAUCUACCUGCGAGAGGCAGGCCCCUUGUUUUGGACGCCCAGAACGAACCCUUGACCUGAGGAUCUGCUCGAUCCGUUUGGGAUCUGCUUGUUGUUUUUUCUGGAUCUAGAGAGAAUGUUCAAGUCGAUGGUUUAUUACGGGAACACCUCGAUCGGAGAGGUGGAGGUGUGGCCCAAGGGCGAGGCGAGCGCCGGCCUGGCCGUGGCGGCGUGGGCGCGAGAAAUCCGCGUCGACCGCCUGUCCCCGCCCAGCGAGCGGUGCCCGCCGCUCGCCGUCAUGCACACCGUGGCCGUCGGCGCCCGAUGCCUCGUCAUGGAGUCCAGGCCGCCCGCCGCCACCGACGUGGCGCCACUGCCGCUCGUCGCCAUGCACGCCGCUUGCCUCAGGGACAACAAGACUGCAGUUGUUCCUCUAGGAGAUGAAGAAUUGCAUUUAGUUGCGAUGACGUCCAGAAGAAACUUGGCAAAUCAUGCAUGUUUCUGGGGCUAUAAAUUGCCAUUUGGUUUGUACAAUUCUUGCUUGACCAUGUUAAAUCUUCGGUGCCUGGGUAUUGUGUUUGACCUGGAUGAGACAUUGAUUGUCGCCAAUACAUCACGGUCUUUUGAGGACAGAAUUGAUGCGCUUCAAAGAAAGCAGAGUAAUGAGACUGAUCCACAGCGUAGAAAUGGUAUGUUAUCAGAGAUCAAGAGGUACCAGGAUGAUAAGUCCAUCCUAAAGCAAUAUAUAGAAGGUGAUCAGGUAUAUGAUGAUGGAAAAAUGUAUAAAGCACAACCUGAGGUUGUUCCACCAUUGUCUGAUAACCAGCAACCAAUGACACGUCCAGUUAUAAGAUUACAAGAUAAAAACAUUAUCUUGACAAGAAUAAACCCUCUGAUAAGGGAUACAAGCGUUCUUGUCCGUUUAAGGCCAGCCUGGGAGGAUCUUCGCAGUUAUUUAAUUGCGAGAGGUCGCAAGCGUUUUGAGGUCUAUGUGUGUACGAUGGCGGAGAGAGAUUAUGCUUUAGAAAUGUGGCGAUUGCUUGAUCCAGAUUCAAGAUUGAUUAACUCUGUUCAACUUAAUGAUCGAAUGGUGUGUGUAAAAUCUGGUUUGAAAAAGUCACUGUUAAAUGUUUUCCAUGAUGGUUCUUGCCAUCCUGGAAUGGCAUUAGUAAUUGAUGAUCGUCUAAAAGUUUGGGAUGAGAAAGAUCAAUCUAGAGUUCAUGUGGUUCCUGCAUUCACUCCAUACUAUGCUCCUCAAGCAGAGGCAAACUGCUCUAUCCCAGUUCUGUGUGUCGCCAGAAAUGUUGCAUGCAAUGUUAGGGGUGGUUUCUUCAAAGACUUUGAUGAAGGCCUCUUGCCGAGGAUUAGCAAUGUUCAUUAUGAGGAUGAGAUAAAUGAUAUCUCAACAGCUCCGGAUGUCGGCAAUUAUUUGAUAAGAGAGGAUGAGAAUGUUGCAGCAGUAAAUGGAAAUAGAGAUGCAUUGCCUUUUGAUGGUAUGGCAGAUGCUGAGGUUGAGAGGAGAAUGAAGGAAGCAUCAGGCAAUGCUCAAGCAUUCCAUCCAACAGUGGCAAGCUUUGUCAUGCCAGUAGCCCCUCCCCAGAAUUUUAUUUCGUCUUCAGUCGCACCAAUAGCCCCACCCCUUGGCAUGAUGCCACCUCCAUUCAACCAACCAGUUGUUCAACCAGGUUUUUCAGAUCCACUGCAAGGCUCUCCAGCUAGAGAAGAGGGUGAAGUUCCUGAAUCUGAGUUGGAUCCAGACACAAGAAGGAGGCUUCUCAUAUUACAGCAUGGUCAAGACACAAGAGAUGCUACACCUCCACUCCCAGCAAUACCACCAGUGCAAGUCCCAGUUCCACCAGUGCAACCUCAUGGGAACUGGUUUCCCGCAGAAGAUGGUAUGAAUCCAAGUAAUCUGAAUAUAGGUCCAGCAGGUUUCACUGUAGAAUCUGAUUCUCUGCUCUAUGAGAAAAAGCAACCACCUCAUCCUUCAUUCUUUCAUGGUGGGGACAAUCCUAUGUCCUCUGAUAGAUUUAGCUAUCAGAAUCAGAGGUUUCCCUCUCAGCUACCGCAUGCUGAUGAUCACCACAUACUUCAGAACCAUGGACCUCCAAAAUACAGAUCCUUUUCUGGUGAGGAGCUAUCAGGUCGGCAUGUUCCCACAAACCAGAGAAACAACCAGUUAGAAUCAGGAAGACACUUUGCACAAUAUACAGGGACCCCUGCUGGCAUAUUAGAGGGGAUUGCACUGAAGUGUGGAUCUAAGGUGGAGUACAGGUCAACAUUAUGUGAUACUGCAGAGCUACAGUUCUCUAUUGAGGUUUGGAUUGUUGGGGAAAAGAUAGGUGAAGGAAUUGGCAGGACAAGGAGAGAAGCACAACGUCAAGCUGCAGAAAUGUCUUUAAGAAACUUGGCUAAUAAAUACUUGUCAUCUGAUCCAAAUAAGAUGACUGAUCUGAAAGAAAAUGGUUUCAGUAGCAACCGAAACUUUUUUGGAUACUCUGGAAAUAAUAGGGAUGAUAUUUUGCCAGUUCCAAGUACUUCCGAGGAAUCUCGCUUUAUGAAAAUGGAGGAGAAUAACUCCAGAAAAACAGGAGGUUCUGUUGCUGCUCUCAAGGAGCUUUGCACGGCUGAGGGAUAUAACUUAGUUUUUCAAGCUCGUCCAUAUGCUCCAGAUGGCUCAGUUGGGAAAGAAUCUUAUGCUCAGGUAGAAGUUGGUGGACAAAUUCUAGGCAAAGGAGUUGCGUCAACAUGGGAGGAGGCCAAACUCCAGGCUGCUGAUGAGGCUCUUGGAACUUUAAGAUCCAUGCUAGGUCAACUUGGUCAUAAACGGUCAGGUUCUCCAAGGUCGGUGGCACCAAAUUUUAACAAGCGCUUCAAGCCUGAUUUUCCAAGGACAAUGCAGAGGGUUCCUUAUGGAACAUAUUCCAGGAUAGAAGGCCAUGUUCCUUGAGAGGUUUGCAUAGUUAAUGUGCCUGGGCACUGGACUUUUAAACUGGAUGAAACUUCGAGCUGUCAACUCCAGACAAGCAGUGCAAACCAUGGAUUCCUGGCUUCUGGUUGACUUCCAAGGCUCUCCCAGUCCCCGGGCCCCAUUGGUGACAAAGGAGAUUGUUAUGGUUGCACCAAGAAAGUUGAAGUAUUUAUGGUGGCCAUGACUUCAUGCAGAAUUUUUUUACCUGGGCUUCCUCCAUUAUGUGACCGGCGUUGCACCAUGUUGGUGUAAUCCCCGUGGAUCUGGAAAUUGAAAGCUUGAGCUCUUGGAGUUGAUGCAGCACCAUUUCUUUUUGGUGAUCGAAGAGCAGAGCUGUAUCUGGUGGGCAUUUUGUUGGACCCACGUAGUUUACGCUCGGGGUCCUAGUUGUAGCCAAAUUUGUAAUUAGUUUCUUAGGCUAGUGGGUGCACAGAACUAAUCAGUUUCUUACGCUAGAGGAUGCACAGAACUAAUCAGCAUGUUGAUAUAGUCAUCUUUGUAACUCUAGGAAGCCAAUCUUUGUAGCGGUUGAUGAAUUCAGUAGGUGACAACGUUCAUAUGUAUGUUGUAGGCAUCGUUGUAAUACAUGGUCCCCUUCUUCGCAUGGUUGGGAGUAUGCCCCCUGUAAUUCUUUUGGUCCUUGUGUCA